GGGCGCUAAUACUAAACGUUUCCAAUAACAAACUCUAUCAGGGGAAGAAGAAAUGCGUCAUUUCCGUUUGUAAGUUGAAUGGCGCAGUUUGAAUAGCAAUCAAAACAUCCAGAAUGGCCAAAAGGAAAGUCACAUUUGAAGAUGGUGAAGAUGAAUUUAGUUUGGAUGACGAGGUCCCGAAAAAGAAGAUGUAUGAUGAGGUGAGUGGACCUGGCUCGAGGUUUAAGGAGAAACACUCUCUGGACAGUGAUGAGGAAGAUGAGGGAGAGGAAGGAGAAAGGAACAGCAAAUACAACAUCCUGGCCAGCGACGAUAUCGAAGGUCAGGAAAUGUCCACGAUCGACUGUGAUGAAGGUGUUCCCAUCACUCCCUUUAACCUGAAAGAGGAAAUGGAGGAGGGUCACUUUGACUCAGAGGGAAACUACUUUAUAAAGAAAGAGAAAGACAUCAGAGACAACUGGCUGGACAACAUCGACUGGGUAAAAAUCAAAGAGCAGCCGAUAAAAAAGAAAAAGAAGGGACUCUCUGCUAAGCGGCGUCGCCGAGUCGGAGACGAGGACGAGGCAGAGGAGGAGAGACAGCGGGAGGAGAAACAGGAAGAGGACGAAAAGGAGGAUGAAGAAGAGGAAGAGAGCGAGCCACAGGAGGACCCGCUAGCCUCGUUCACGCUGGUUCAGCUCACUGAGGCCUUGGUGAACCUACUGCAGCCCGGAGAGACCGUCUCUGCCGGGCUCCGCCGACUCGGAGGACUGGGAGGUCGGAAGAAAAAGAGCAGAGUGCGUGAAGGGGGCGAAGAGGAAAAAGACGAGGCGUCCAUCCGAGACACGGAGAAGCUAGACAGGCUCACGGCGCUGGCCGACAGACUGGUGGUGCUCGGGGUAUAUGAGAUUUAUCAGCAGACGUAUGAAAAAUUGGCAUACAGACUGAAAGGGAUGCAGAAGAGGGACGCAGCAGCCAAAGGGGACGACCUGAAAGGGGAGGACGAAGAGGAUGAGCUCGACAUGUUUGCCGAUCAGUUCGACGAACAGCACAGCCAGAAGAAAGGAGAGAAGAAGAAGGACGAGGAAACCGAUAGUGGUUUAGUGAACGAUGAGGUCAUGUGGGAGUACAAAUGGGAAAACAAGGAGAACUCUGAACUCUACGGCCCUUUCAGCAGCCAGCAGAUGCAGGACUGGGUGGAUCAGGGCUACUUUAAAGACGGCGUGUACUGCAGGCGGGUCGACCGGGAAGGAGCGCAGUUCUACAACUCCAAAAGAUUGGACUUCGAUCUGUAUACGUGACUCGCUCGCACGUGCACUACGUCAUUUUGUUUUCGACACCUGACUUGUGUUUUUAAUGUCAGAAUUUUUUUUUCCUCCUUAUAAGAGUUUGUUUGGUGUUUGUUUUUCUGAUAUACAUGUCUAUUAUAUUAAACAGACAGAUUAACACCA